UUCAAUAUGGUUGCAGUUACUGCAACUCCAAGUUUAUAGGAAGAAAUGAACUUUGGGGUGUCACUUAAUUUACAAACACUCUUUUCAAACGCCUAGUCUAGUCCACUGAAAUGGUAACAGAAAAACCAGUUUUACUCUAUUUAGGCACAUUUUAAUAUCUCCCAGUUACAAAAACAGGAUCUUUUCUGAUUCUCAUUGAUCUCUCAAAGACUCGAUUUUGAUUACUUUCUCUCUCUCAUUCAUUCUAAUCUUGAUAUGUGUAAAUGUAAUUCAGUCUCUUUCUCUCUCUCUCUCUCUCUGCACAUUUUAUCUUAAAUCCUCCCAAAACCAAAACUCUCUCUCUACAUGGAGACAACCCAAUACUUCUCUUUCAACCAGAAAGCGAUCUGCAAACCCCAAUUAUUCAGUCCCUCUUUUAAACUCUCCUACCCUAUUUCCACUCUCCUCCACCACUACCACUGUUCCUCACCAUGGCCACUGAUGCCUCCCCUGCAUUCAGAACCGUUCCUCAACCCCACGACUUCCACCCCGAAAUAUCGGUAUCUCUAUCACCCACCCACGACGGCCUUGAGUUCAGGCAGUUCAUGAUUGCAGGCUCCAUAGCUGGCCUAGUUGAGCACAUGGCUAUGUUCCCAGUAGACACCCUCAAAACCAGGAUGCAGGUUUUUGGUGGGUCUUGCUCUGUUCAGCCAAUCGGUGUUCGACAAGCCCUCGGAUCGAUUUUGAAACUUGAAGGCCUUGCAGGUCUCUACCGUGGGAUUGGGGCAAUGGGACUUGGUGCAGGACCUGCCCAUGCUGUUUAUUUCUCAGUUUAUGAGAUGUCCAAGGAGUUUUUCACACGUGGAAAUCCAAAUAGUUCAGCUGCGCAUGCAGUUUCCGGAGUUUUUGCAACUGUUACAAGCGAUGCUGUGAUCACGCCCAUGGAUGUUGUGAAGCAGAGGUUGCAGUUGCAGAGCAGCCCUUAUAAUGGUGUUGCAGAUUGUGUGAAGAGGGUUUUGGUGGACGAAGGAGUAGGAGCUUUUUACAAGUCCUAUAGGACCACUGUUGUGAUGAACGCCCCAUUUACUGCUGUGCAUUUUGCUACAUAUGAAGCUGCAAAGAGAGGGCUAAUGGAGGUGUCGCCAGAGAGCGCCAGCGACGAGAGGUUGGUGAUUCAUGCCACUGCUGGGGCAGCUGCUGGGGCUUUGGCUGCUGCUGUCACUACCCCUCUUGAUGUUGUGAAAACCCAAUUGCAGUGCCAGGGGGUGUGUGGAUGUGAUAGAUUUUCUAGCAGCUCGAUAGGGGAUGUUAUUCGAAGCCUCGUGACGAAGGAUGGAUAUCGAGGGCUUAUGAGAGGUUGGGUUCCCAGGAUGCUCUUUCAUGCUCCUGCAGCUGCAAUUUGCUGGUCUACUUAUGAAGCAUCAAAAAACUUUUUUCAAGAACUCAAUGGCAGUGAGAGUUGCAGAACCUGAUCAGGUAACAUUCAAGGUUGCAUAUCUGCAGAAACCUCAACUGGGGUUCUCAAUUCUCAUCCUGGAGCAGCAGCAUUUGGAGUUCCACAUGCACAAAAUCAACUCAGUCCAAGCCCUUGUUCAUGUAAAAACAAUUAUGUAGAUAUAAAUUAUCAAUCGAAGGGGGAAUGAUCAUUCCCAGCUUCUAACUGCUUGGCAAAAACGAACUAUUCUUCAUGGAUUA